AGACAGCGGAGGGGCGGGAGGGUCUGCAGCGGAGAGGCCUGUGAAGGGAUCCGGCCACAGAGCUGGCCGGCCGGACAGACGCAGCGAUCGCCAGCCCCUGAGGUCCUCCGCCCAGCACCCGGGCCCUCUGCGGGCAGCAGCCCUGCGCGGCGGGAGGCGGGGGUGGCAGUGUCUGCGCGCACACGCACGCUCACAGACACACACGCCCGGGCCACGCCACAGACACACGACACGCACAGAGCCACGGCCGGCCGCCGCGUACACUCGCACCCGAGCUCACGCUCGCUCUCCGGCGCAGGCCCCGCAGCAGCCGCUGCCCGGAGGCGGUGGCAUCCAGCUCGGAUCCCAGUCCGGAUUGGAGGAACAGAUGGGCUUUUUCCUGUCUCCGUCUUGCUCAGCAUCCCUCAGCGUUGCACUCCUGGGUCCUGUGGGAACUGCUUGAAGGUCUGAGCCUGGAACCACAGGGGAAGGGGAAGGAAGAGGAGGAAGAGGAAGAGGAAGAGGAAGAGGAAGACAUCAAAGCCUGAAACCCUGCAUAUUUUUCCAUCGGGAAUCUGGAGUCACAGCAACGCCCACUGCCUGCUCUUAGCCCUUCAGAGCAGCAGGCACCAGCUGUGUCCAUCCUGCCUGUCCUGCCUGUCCUGCCCAAGGCCCCUGUGCUGGGGGUCACCCUCAAGAUGGUGACGGCUCCGGGGAGGACUGUGCUACUAGCUCCAGCCUCUGGCUGCUAGGUCCCUCUUGUGCUCCGGCCCUUCACCCCAGCUGGGCCUCUAAGGGGCCAAAGCCUGGGCCAUGCUGCGCCUGGGGCUGUGUGCGGCAGCGCUGCUGUGCGUGUUCCAGCCAGGCGCUGUGCACGCUGACUGCUGGCUCAUCGAGGGGGACAAGGGCUAUGUGUGGCUGGCCAUCUGCAGCCAGAACCAGCCACCCUAUGAGACCAUCCCCCAGCACAUCAACAGCACUGUGCACGACCUGCGACUCAAUGAGAACAAGCUCAAAGCUGUGCUCUACUCCUCACUCAAUCGCUUCGGGAACCUUACGGACCUCAACCUCACCAAGAACGAGAUUUCUUAUAUCGAGGAUGGUGCCUUCCUGGGCCAGACAAGCCUGCAGGUCCUGCAGCUGGGCUACAACCGGCUCAGCAACCUGACCGAGGGCAUGCUGCGUGGCAUGAGCCGCCUGCAGUUCCUCUUUGUCCAGCACAACCUCAUUGAGGUGGUGACGCCCACCGCCUUCUCCGAGUGCCCCAGCCUCAUCAGCAUCGACCUGUCCUCCAACCGCCUCAGCCGUUUGGAUGGCGCCACCUUCGCCAGCCUGGCCAGUCUGAUGGUGUGUGAGCUGGCCGGCAACCCCUUUAACUGUGAGUGUGACCUCUUCGGCUUCCUAGCCUGGCUUGUGGUCUUCAACAACGUCACCAAGAACUAUGACCGCCUGCAGUGUGAGUCACCAAGGGAGUUUGCUGGUUACCCACUGCUCGUGCCCCGACCAUACCACAGCCUCAAUGCCAUUACUGUCCUGCAGGCCAAGUGCCGCAACGGCUCAAUGCCUGCCCGGCCCGUCAGUCACCCCACACCCUAUUCCACGGAUACACAGAGGGAGCCUGACGAGAACUCAGGCUUCAAUCCUGACGAGAUCCUCUCAGUGGAGCCUCCGGCCUCGUCCACCACAGACGCAUCUGCUGGACCAGCCAUCAAGUUGCACCAAGUCACCUUCACCUCGGCCACCCUGAUUGUCAUCAUCCCACACCCUUACAGCAAGAUGUAUGUGCUGGUCCAGUACAACAAUAGCUACUUCUCUGACGUCAUGACACUCAAGAACAAGAAAGAGAUCGUGACGCUAGACAAGCUGAGAGCGCACACUGAGUACACCUUCUGUGUCACCUCACUGCGCAACAGCCGCCGCUUCAACCACACCUGUCUAACUUUUACCACUCGGGACCUUGUGCCUGGGGAUCUGGCCCCCAGCACCUCCACCACCACACACUACAUCAUGACCAUCCUGGGCUGCCUGUUUGGCAUGGUCAUUGUGCUGGGAGCCGUCUACUACUGCCUGCGCAAGCGGCGCAUGCAAGAGGAGAAGCAGAAGUCUGUCAAUGUCAAGAAGACCAUCUUGGAAAUGCGCUAUGGCGCCGAUGUGGAUGCUGGCUCCAUUGUGCACGCUGCACAGAAGCUAGCCGAGCCACCAGUACUGCCUGUGGCCAGAAUGUCCUCUAUCCCCUCCAUGAUCGGGGAGAAACUGCCCACCUCCAAGGGUCUGGAGGCCGGGCUAGACACACCCAAGGUGGCUACCAAAGGCAACUAUAUUGAGGUGCGCACAGGUGCUGCAGGGGACAGCCUGGCCCGGCCUGAGGAUGAACUCCCAGAAGUCGAAAAUGGCCAGGGCUCAGCUGCUGAGAUCUCUACCAUUGCCAAGGAAGUGGACAAGGUCAACCAGAUCAUUAACAAUUGCAUCGAUGCCCUCAAGCUGGAUUCGGCCUCUUUCCUUGGGGGUGGCAGUGGCGGAGGGGGGGAUUCCGAUCUGGCCUUCGAGUGCCAGUCCCUCCCUGCGGCUCCUGCUGCCUCCUCAGCUGCCACUCCUGGGGCGCUGGAGCGGCCCAGCUUCCUGUCACCCCCCUACAAGGAGAGCUCCCACCACCCACUGCAGCGCCAGCUGAGUGCCGACGCUGCAGUGACCCGCAAGACCUGCAGCGUGUCAUCCAGUGGCUCCAUCAAGAGCGCCAAGGUCUUCAGUCUGGAUGUGCCAGACCACCCAACCCCCACAGGACUGGCCAAGAGCGACUCCAAGUACAUCGAGAAAGGCAGCCCCCUCAACAGCCCGCUGGACCGGCUUCCACUGGUGCCCACGGGCAGUAGUGGAAGCAGUACGGGGGGUGGUGGCAUUCACCACCUGGAGGUGAAGCCGGCCUACCACUGCAGCGAGCACCGGCAUAGCUUCCCCGCUCUCUACUACGAGGAGGGCGCUGACAGCCUGAGCCAGCGCGUGUCCUUCCUCAAGCCACUGACCCGCUCUAAGCGAGACUCCACCUACUCGCAGCUCUCCCCCAGACAUUACUACUCAGGGUAUUCCUCCAGCCCUGAGUACUCGUCUGAGAGCACACAUAAGAUCUGGGAGCGUUUCCGGCCCUACAAGAAGCACCAUCGUGAGGAGGUAUACAUGGCUGCUGGCCAUGCCCUGCGCAAGAAGGUCCAGUUUGCCAAGGAUGAGGACCUGCAUGACAUCCUUGAUUACUGGAAGGGGGUCUCAGCCCAGCAGAAGCUGUGACCCUCUCCUCCCCCACCGGUGAGGUGAUGGGGAGGAGGGCAGGGGUACUCGGGGGGAAGGGCCCCCCAACAGGGUGGCCGGGAGGCGGGGGACAGGCCAAGGAGCCUGGGGCCAAGGGGCCCGGGCCUAGGAGUGGACGCACAUGCACACCCGCAUACACGCACCCACACACACACUUGACCACCACCUGACUGUGAAGUAACCAACACCCAAUAAUAACGGACAGGAAAACAAACAUUUUCCUUAAAGUUUACAACCUGCUACUGACACCAGUUGUCUCUACUGUGCUGCCCAAGGGACUUGCUGGGCUGGGAAAGAGGCCAGAGAGGGUGUGGGGCCUGAGACUCAGGCGGGUUUGGUGGCAAGAGAGAUUUGGGUAGAAGCAAACCAUAGGCCUCUCGUUCAGGAAGGCUAUCCUCCAAGCUGGAGAACAUUUCCCUUGGAGAUUUGGCAACAUGUGGACAGUGGGCAUCUUCGACACCCACUAUGGAUGGCCCACAGAGAGGAAAAGAACCCCUGGGGUCUCUCACCCAACAGGUUACAGCUCUGUCUCCCAGCUUCCUGGCCCAGUGCUGGCCCCGCUUCCAGUUGCUCCUCUGGGCUCUGUCCCCUUCAUCUGCUACUCCUUCCAAAGUUGUGGUCUCAGGGGUCUAGGGACAGAAGCAGGCGGGUGCUUUUCUUCUUUAGAAAGUCCAUGGACAUCUACAAAGUGAAAGGCUAUGGUCCCUAGCCCUGGGUGGCCAAAUGUAAGCAAUGUCCUGCUGACCAGACAGAAGCAGAGGCAAAGGGUGCCACCAGCCCCCUUCAAGUGUCUUCCAAGUAGCCCUGGGGAGCUGCCUGAGUGUGGGGUGGUGGGUAGAUCCGCUCCCCACUGGUAUCUCAGGUGUAGGCCCCCAUGUCACAGCCCCUAGUUUCUCUGGGUCUCUGGGACUCCUACCCACCACAGAGAAGCAACAGUGAGUGAUGAGGUCUGGGGCCAGUGUGGAGAUGAUGUAGAAUGUGGGGAUCCCUCCCUGCACCCUGCACCCCACUUGCCUGGCUCCUGAUGUUUGCAGCAUCUCAGCCUGCCCAGGAGGGCAUCUGCCCCACCCCACCCUGUCUUAUCCCCUGGCUUGAGAGGGGGUCCCAUGUUUCCAUGGAAAUGGCCACAGUCCUCUUUCUGACCCACUCCCAACACCAAUCAAAGCACAAAUAGUGAGGUGCCUCCUACUGCCCUGGUCAGGGAGCAGGCCAGGUUCCUGGCCCCUCCCCUUCUCUAGCUAGUCUGUUGCCAUGGCAACCCAGAGCCUGGCAGUUGGUGCCCAGAGCGACCAACUGACCAACCGUUGAGCUCCGGAGUCCUUUCAGUGUGGGUGGUGGCAGAGGGGGGUAAAAGAGGCCUGGCCAGGCAGCAGCCUUCUCAAGAGCCAGGAGCUUCUGGGGACAAGCUCUGGAGGCUGUUCUUGAGUCCCAAGACUAGACUAAGGCAUUGUCCUUUGCCUUUGAGUGGGCAGUGGGCCUGUGGGGCAUUGGGACAUCUGUACUGGGCACUUCUGCCCCCUGCCUGUGUGCUCUUUAGCUUCCUGUUGAAACAGGGAAGAGCCUUCUCAGCUCGACCCCAACUUCCAGAGUCCUUCAUUCCUGUUGCUCUUUGGGGUUUCAUGAGAUUGGAGAGUGACUGUGGAGUGAGGAGGAGGAGGAGGAUGGGAGAGAGACAUCUCACUUGCUCUGUGAGGGCUCUGACCAGGAAAGCUGGGGCUCUUUUUGGGGGUAGGGUCUAGGGAAGGACCAGGGUGGGGAGACUUGACCGAACACCUCUAUCACAUCGACUUUGGGGUGGGCUGAGCCCAGAGCUCACUCAGGGGUGACAUUUGCAAAAAAAAAAAAAUAAUAAUAAAUAAAGAAAAUAAAGAAAAAAAAAAGACUGUUCUAGGGAGAGGAGGGGACUGGCCAGCCUGAAUGUGAAGAGCAGAACUCCCCUAGCCACAAACCUGCCCCUCACCCUACCCUAAACCCACCACCCUGAGAACAGCAGGCAGGCCGAGAGGCUGGGGGCGUGAGCAAGCAGACCCCUGUUAUCUUUGCAUGACGAUUUUACUGUAUUUUUCUGAGCAAACAUCUGUCGUGUAUGUGCCAGUUUCUCCAGACUCCCCCCCACCCCCCAACCCCCAUUCCCUCUGUGUGAUCCGAGCAGCUCUUGAAACCCAGGGAGGACCAGCUCUGCAGAAGACCCAAAACAGGUGCCGCCAACCUAGCCCUGCCCCAGACCCUCCUCCCAUCUUUCUGGGCAUUGGGCCCACAAGUGCUGCCUGCCUUCCUCCAGUUUUACAGCUUACUCCUUGCCCCUUCCCAUCUCUGUCCUGUACCACCUCUGCUUGUCCUCCCUCCUCUCCACUGGGGAAAGCAGUCUGAGAAGAGUGUUCUCAAGGCCACGUUCUUGUGGGAGAGGCUGUGAAAGGAUCACCACAGACCUGUUUCCAUCUGAAAAUGAAACGGGGGGCCCUCCAAAGAGGCACCUGGCCAGCCACAUGGGAGGGAGGGACUAUCGUACUGAGUACUGGAGGCUAAGCGCCUGGAGCUUCAUGGAGUGGCUCCAGGUCCUUGCAGGAGGGGAGUGGGCUUUGUCAUGACCAGGGAGACUCCCCACAGUGGAGUGGGCUCUGUCCCUACUUGUUUGGCCAUCACUCUUGGUUGAAGGUAACUUUUAUAAAACCUCAGAUGCCACUUCAAGGGGACUUUAAAGAAAGGAUCCAUUUCAACAGUGGGGGACCAGGCCACAGGGACCUUUGAUACAGAGCAAGGACCCAAGACAUAGGUACCUCCAUUGGGCAGGUCCUCCAGUUGACCUGGCCAGUCCUUUAGGGUAGGCCCUAGGAGUUUCCCCCUGGCAUGUCCUAUGUACUAUCUAAAAUGGCUUGUCCCUGGGCAGAAGUACAAUUGUCACAAAAAGACAAAUGGAUUCUUACACCCCGGAGCCAAGUGAAGCCCCUGGCUUUAUGAGUUCUGGGCCUGAGACUUGGGGCAGGCCAUGAUUAGGGGCACAGGGAAAGGAAGAACCCAGGGGCUUAAUGGAGUCAUCUGGGGGACAUGUGGGUAGGAGGUCACAUCUGGGCUUUCCUGUCCUGGUAGAGAACAGCCCGUGAGGCCUCCCUUGUGGAAGUGUGUGCCCUUCCCAAAAUAAGUUUGGGUCAGAUGGAAAAAACGCUUAGUCUUAGCAGGUUCAGGGAGCCUGGACCAGGUUUUGGAGUCUGUGGAAAGGUCUCCUGUCACCAAUGGCCCUUCAAUUCUGAGACACUCCCUCUUGAGUACAGAGCAGGAAGCUCUGAAACAAACCUAUGCAGGACUGGAGGGCCUGUCAAGGGAGGUGGCCAGGGAAAGCCCACUUAGGAGCACCUGGGCAGUGCAGGGAGGAGAGGCAGCCAUUGAUGGCGCUGAUGUCUGGGGCUGGCCCAUGGCCCUUCUCCAUGUUCCCAAUUAGAAAUGGCAUUUGCUCACAAUCCAGGAAAUUUAAGUUGAAGUUGGGCAGAAGUACAGGGAAAGAGAAACCUCUAGAUAGGCCCGGGGUAGGGGUCUAGGGGGAGACAGAUAGGGACAGAGGUGACAGCCCUCUCAUCCUACCAGUUCAUGAGGUACUGAAACUACAGGGAAGCAGAUGGGGGCUUCCUUGCCAUGAUGGGCAUAGGGGACCAGGUGGCCUCUUGUCUCUUCAAGGAGACAGGCGACAGAGGUCUGCAUGGCAAGAACCACCGCUUAGAAAAUGGGCAAGGAGGGAGAGGUGGGGGACCUGCCAGCUGUCCCUGAGCUAUCCUGUCCCUCUGCCCUAGCAGGCUCUGACAAGGCUGGGAACCUCUUCUCCAGGGUGUGGGUGGGUGGGAAAAGGUAUAGGGGAUAUGGGGUAUCUAGCUACCAGUAAGUAGAGUGCCCUCACCCCUUAAUGUUUGUCCCUCUUGACAAGGCUUGUUCUCUGGGAUCCCCUCUGCCCCAGGACAAGGGGACCUUCCCCCAGGCCCCAUGCUCAUAUCACAUGACCUACACCCACCUCUAAGAAACAGUCUCUUCCCCCCUCACUAGCCUUAGUGCCCCCCCCAGAUGCCAGCUGCCCCUGCUGAACAGCAGGGAGAAUAGAGGUGUCCCCAAGGGUGGCUGGCCUCCUUUUCCUCCUGCCCUCUUCUGCCAGUCAAGCAUAGGGCUGAGGUGGAGGUCCAGGCGGUGAUGGUCACCUCUCCUCCCUGCUUCCCACAUCCCCCUUCCCUGGACCCUCCUCAGGAGCUGCCAGCCCCCAGGGGCAUGGCAGCCUGGCACCUGGUUUGAGCCCUGCAGAGCUGGGCUCGGGGCCCUGGACUCUGAACCUGUGACCCCUCGCUGUGUACGGAACUUGCCCCCUCCUGGGGGGCCUUGGCCCUCUCCUUUUCUUCUUUUAGGGGGUAACUUCAUUUAUUUCUCCUUCCUCCAUUCACCUUUCCCUUCAAUUUUCCUGUUUUAAACCGAAUGGCACGAAAUCGUUUUCCUCACCUUGGAGAUUCCUGUAUGGAGAGAAUCAAUUUCUAUAUUUGCAAUAAAUUUCUUAUUUAAAACAA